UUGAGUCUACAACGCUCUCAUAUCUGUUUUUAAGACCAGCCCCCCGGCCGCGGGAAGGGAGGAUCCUGUGUUACACACUAACGUACAGCGUACGACUCGUGUAUUCUACGUAGUUCCAAGAGAGAUGGCAGAAGUCGCACCCGCUCCCGCCGCCGCGCCGGCCAAAGCGCCCAAGAAGAAAGCAGCUUCGAGAGCAAAAAAAGCCGGCCCUAGCGUCGGCGAGCUGAUCGUCAAAGCCGUUUCCUCGUCUAAGGAGAGGAGCGGCGUGUCUCUCGCUGCUCUGAAGAAAGCGCUGGCUGCCGGCGGAUAUGAUGUGGAGAAGAACAACUCCCGCGUCAAGAUCGCCGUUAAGGGUCUCGUGACUAAAGGCACUCUGGUGCAGACCAAAGGGACCGGCGCGUCUGGCUCUUUCAAGCUGAACAAGAAGCAGACCGAAGCCAAGAAGCCCGUGAAGAAAGCGGCGCCCAAAGCGAAAAAGCCCGCCGCUACUAAGAAGCCCAAGAAGGUAGCAGCCAAGAAACCCGCCGCCGCGGCCAAGAAGUCUCCUAAGAAGGCGAAGAAGCCCACAGCCGCCGCAAAGAAAGCCACCAAGAGCCCGAAGAAGGCGAAAAAGCCCGCGACCCCUAAAAAGGCAGCCAAGAGCCCCAAGAAAGCGAAAGCUGUCAAGCCCAAGACCACAAAACCUAAAGCGACAAAGGCGAAGAAGGCAGCACCCAAAAAGAAGUAAAGAUGUUUGUUUCUUU